AUGGCAUCAUUUACCGUUGGCGAUGUGCGUCCUGCCGGAGAGCAUGACGUCAAAGUCUUUAGAAAUUUGAUGGACGAUGAUUCAACGUGGAAGAAAGCUUUCACGAAGAAAGGAACUACUGUGUAUGUAAAAUGUGCAGAUAAUUCUUCCAUACACAUGGUUAAAGUCAAAGUCGAUGCAACUGAACUCGCCGCCUCGGAUAUGUAUGAUACACUAAUGGAUCCUGACUAUCGAAGAGCAUGGGAUAAACAUAUGAUUGAAGGUUAUGAUUUAUGUCUUGUCAGUCCUAAUACUGACAUUGGCUACUACCUUGGUAAGAACUCAUUCAACUUACCGUGGAGAUUGAAUUCCCUGGCGAAAUGCUUGAAAUAUCAAAAAUCAAUAUUCUAUGGCACGGGAGUUAGACCCUUUAGGCACAGUUCAGGUGUCCCCCAACUGCUUGCAGACAAAAUUGACAAUUUGUUUACUUUUAUAGGAAAAUUUCCUGCCUGGGCUGUAAACAAAAUCGCUCAGAUCAUCGCUCCAACUACCGUUUCCAAGUUAGUGAAAGCUGCUCGUGCCUAUCCUGAAUGGAAAGCUCAGAAUUCGCCAUCGAUUAAACCUUGGAUCUAUCCAGAACAAAAUAAACUAGCUCCUCUGAACACUCAAGAUAUUCUCUCAUCUCCAGACUAUGAACUCUCCGAUAAGGAAACAGAAGUUUCAGAAGAUGCUUCUUCUACAAUACCAGAACUUCUCGAGGAUCUUGAAGACGAGACGAAGAUUGAUGAGAAUAAUAAAAAGGAAGUGAAUGAAAAAAGGUUGACUGUUGUGGAGGGGGAGAUUGUACCACAGAAUGCACCUUUUUCUACCCAAUGCUCAAUUCCAAUCGGUUAA